GGCAGAGGCAUCAGGAGGCAAAGAACAAAAGUACGACUGUAAAGAUGGAGAGCAGAUAAGAUGGAGGAAGACAAGGAUGACAACACAGCAGCAGCUGAAGGAGGAGGAGGAGACUCUGGAACCAAAUCUGUAACACCAAUUGACAAAGACCCUGCAGUAGAGGAGAUGGAGGGAGGUGCAGACACGACCAAGUGUGAUACUGAACCUGGUGAAGCUCAACAGUCAGAGAAGACUGCUGAAAGCACAGGAGGAGACUCUGAAAUCACAUGUGUAGAACCAUCUGCAUCAGAUAAGACAGAUGAAUCAACAGGGGAAGGCGAUGAUGGUGAAGAACUCCAACAAAGAAGGCAGACGAGAAAAAGAGGUGUUGAAAACAACAGCAAGUGGUCUUCAGAGGAAAGUGAAACAAUGGAGGAAACAAGUGCAACAUCUCAGAGUGAUUCCUCAGCGUUACAGCAAAAUCACACAGAUGAUCCUGUAGUAGAAGACAUGGGUGAGAAUACAGCUGAAAUCAAGUGUGAUCCAGUGCAUGAACCUGGUGAAGCUCAACAGUCAGAGAAGACUGCUGAAACUACAGGAGGAGACUCUGAAAUCACAUGUGUAGAACCAUCUGCAUCAGAUACGACAGAUGAAUCAACAGGGGAAGGUGAUGAUGGUGAAGAACUCCAACAAAGAAGGCAGAAGAGAAAAAGAGGUGUUGAAAACAACAGUGAGUGGUCUUCAGAGGAAAGUGAAACAAUGGAGGUCACAAGUGCAACAUCUCAGAGUGAUUCCUCAGCGUUACAGCAAAAUCACACAGAUGAUCCUGUAGUAGAAGACAUGGGGGAGAAUACAGCUGAAAUCAAGUGUGAUCCAGUGCAUGAACCUGCUGAAGCUCAACAGUCAGAGAAGACUGCUGAAAGCACAGAAGGAGACUCUGAAAUCACAUGUGUAGUACCAUCUGCAUCAGAUAAGACAGAUGAAUCAACAGGGGAAGGUGAUGAUGGUGAAGAACUCCAACAAAGAAGGCAGAAGAGAAAAAGAGGUGUUGAAAACAACAGCGAGUGGUCUUCAGAGGAAAGUGAAACAAUGAAGGUCACAAGUGCAACAUCUCAGAGUGAUUCCUCAGUGUUACAGCAAAAUCAAACAGAUGAUCCUGUAGUAGAAGACAUGGGGGAGAAUACAGCUGAAAUCAAGUGUGAUCCAGUGCAUGAACCUGGUGAAGCUCAACAGUCAGAGAAGACUGCUGAAAGCACAGGAGGAGACUCUGAAAUCACAUGUGUAGAACCAUCUGCAUCAGAUAAGACAGAUGAAUCAACAGGGGAAGGUGAUGAUGGUGAAGAACUCCAACAAAGAAGGCAGAAGAGAAAAAGAGGUGUUGAAAACAACAGUGAGUGGUCUUCAGAGGAAAGUGAAACAAUGGAGGUCACAAGUGCAACAUCUCAGAGUGAUUCCUCAGCGUUACAGCAAAAUCAAACAGUAGAAGACACUGUGGAGAAUACAGCUGAAAUCAGGUGUGAUCCAGUGCAUGAACCUGGUGAAGCUCAACAGUCAGAGAAGACUGCUGAAAGCACAGAAGGAGACUCUAAAAUCACAUGUGUAGAACCAUCUGCAUCAGAUAAGACAGAUGAAUCAACAGGGGAAGGUGAUGAUGGUGAAGAACUCCAACAAAGAGGGCAGAAGAGAAAAAGAGGUGUUGAAAACAACAGUGGGUGGUCUUCAGAGGAAAGUGAAACAAUGGAGGUCACAAGUGCAACAUCUCAGAGUGAUUCCUCAGCGUUACAGCAAAAUCACACAGGUAUCUUAGAUAUGGAUGGUAGUGGAAACAAGGAUGAGCAGUCAGUGAAGAUUUCUGAGGACAUCGACAGGAAUAAACAACAUCAAAGAGAAACUGAAAAGCUUCUCAGCAGACUUCACCUUCAAGAUAAACAUCAACAGAAGUUGUCAGCAACAGAUUUUCUUACAAUGGGUCCACCUGUGAAACACGACCACAACAUAUCCGAGAAAGAUCUCGCUCAUAGUUUUCUUCAGAAGUUGAUGAUGUUAGACUACAGAGCCCGAUAUAUUCCUGUAACACAUGAAAUUCCUGAUACAAGCCAUUACAAUCCUUGUCCAGAGUUUGACACUCUUGACACAGACGACAAUGACUUAGAUGGUCUUUUUAGCACCAGUGUAGAAGUUGAUCAGUCAAGACUCAAGACUCAUGUACAUCCAAUGGAUGUUCAAAUGGCAGUGUUUCACUGCUCAGACAGCUUUUUAAAGCAGGACAUGAUAACAAAGCUCUCACAAUGUCAGUACGCCUUACCUUUGCUUGUUCCAGACCCAGUCACAAUGAACAUUGACUGUCCUCUGUGGACAUUCAGACAAAUAAAAAAAACAUGGAAAAAAACUGAAAUUAAAGAAAAUUCAAACACUGUCACCAUGAAGAGCAUGUCCAUCUGCAAAGCUGAGACAGCCAUGGUGUCAUUUCUCCGCCUGGGUUCACUGUCUGUGUCUAAAUCUCAGCUGAUGAACACUUUGAUCAACGACCGUCACAGCACCUUCUUCCACAGAAACUGCCCAGGUAGCACCAAGUCUCGCCAUUUGAUGGAUGGUGUGGCAGAGAUUGCCUGGUACUGUCCUGCUGGAAAACCCAAUGAUGCCUUCACUGACUGCAUUGCCUUCUGUAAUCUCCAUGGUGAUGCUCUGACAAUUGAAAAACAGCGUGACAUACUGACAGACAAAUCUUCGGUCAAUGUUGUUCUUGUACCAACUCUUCAGAAAGGUGACAAAAGUACUGCAGUUAUAUCUGCCCUUUACAAGUCUCCAAAGCCUCUCAUUCUUCUCAUUGCUGAUAACGAUCAUGGUGUCAUUCAGCUGAAAGAGGGAAAAUAUAAAAUUGGUCUGAAGGACAGAAGUCAGUCAGACGUUUCUGAAGAACUGAAGAUAAUCAUCAGAGGAAGUUUGUCUGGACCACAUGAAUCCUUCCAGCUUGAAACCAUGGCUGAGGUCUCUGGAAUCAGAGUGGAUGAAGAUGACAAACUCUGCCAGAAUGGGAAAUCUGCUGCAAUGAAAAUUGUGAACUUGUUUCAGAGCAAGGAUGUUUCAGAGAUCAAAGAAACAUUUCUUCCUUGUCAAGGCAAAUUGUGGCAUGAUUGGUCCAGUAAAAACAAAGAACUGUAUCACCUCAAAGGACACAUUGAGAAAGAAAAAUGUCAAAAGCAACAGCAACUGAAACAAAUUCGACAGAAACAAUGCACUGCUUCCUGUGGUAAACUGAUGAAGUUGUUCAUUGAAAACCUGUCAUUGUUGCCAUCGACAGACAAAGAGUAUUUCCUGAAAUGGACUCAGAUCUUAAUAGAUGCUCUCUCCACAGAUGAUCUCUCAUUAAUUCUCCAAAGCUAUGAUGAAAAGUGGUCUGAAGUCUUGGAAUUGAAGAAGAAGCAUGACAAAACUGAUCUAAAGGAAAAGCAAACUGAGCUUGAAAAGAUAUCAACAAAACUACAGUCAGCAACUUUUGGCUUGGAGCACAUCUUUAGAGAAAUGGGACAGAUCUAUGAAGCCCAUGCAUCUCUGCAGAAACAAACUAAGAGAGGAAAGACUGACUGGUCUAAAUACCCUGAGCUGGCUGCAGAACUGAUGAUAUCAGGACACCCAAUGGAGCUGAUGGAUGGUGAUGCAGGUCAUGUGCCUUUAACAUGGAUCUCUAGUCUUUUAGAUGAAGUCAUCAAGAAACUGGGUGACAAGAGAGUUUUUGUUUUGUCUGUAUUAGGCGUACAAAGCAGUGGGAAAUCAACAAUGCUCAAUGCCAUGUUUGGCUUACAGUUUGCAGUGAGUGCUGGCAGGUGCACCAAGGGGGCCUUCAUGCAGCUGGUCAAAGUGUCAGAGGAGAUCAAGAAAGACUUUCAGUUUGACUACAUUCUAGUGGUGGACACUGAAGGACUGCAUCCUCCUGAGUUGGCAGGUAACGACACUAUUCACCAUGACAAUGAACUGGCAACAUUUGUUGUUGGUCUGGGAAACAUGACACUGAUCAACAUCAAUGGAGAGAAUCCAGCUGAGAUGCAAGAUGUUCUGCAGAUUGUUGUUCAGGCUUUCAUGAGGAUGAAGAAAAUCAAACUUUCUCCAAGUUGUGUGUUUGUUCAUCAGAAUGUCACAGAUAUUGCAGCUGCAGAGAGAGUCAUGCAUGGAAAGCGACAGCUGCAAGAAAAACUGGACCAGAUGGCCCAACUAGCAGCUAAAGAGGAGGUUUGUGAUGCUGAGUGCUUCAGUGACAUCAUUGCAUUUGAUGUGCAGAAGGAUGUAAAAUACUUUGCACAACUCUGGGAGGGAAGUCCACCUAUGGCUCCUCCAAAUCCAGGUUAUAGUGAGAGCAUCCAAGAGCUGAAAUCCAUUAUUUGCUCUAAAGCUUUACAGUCUGUGGAAAGCACUCUCUCACAGUUCAAAAGCAAAAUUCAUGACCUGUGGAAUGCCCUGUUGAAUGAAAACUUUGUUUUCAGUUUCAAAAACACACUCGAAAUUGCAGUGUACAGAAAACUCGAGGUCCAGUAUGGUAACUGGACCUGGGCCCUGCGGAGCAACAUGUUGAGCAUUGAGAACAAGCUCUAUACCAAAAUUGAAAAUGGAAAACUUGACAAGUUCGAGCUGGACUAUCUUCAUAAAGAAAUGAAGACAACAUAUGUAGAAAUCAAGAAAGCAAUGACAGCAUACUUUGAUGAUGACAGAGACAAAGAAAUUUUGGUUCAGUGGCGACACCGAUUUCAAAGCAAAAUCCAGGAGUUUUAUGAUGAACACCUGAAAGGAGUUAAAAGACAACUGGAUGAAGUCAUCGAGCAGAAGAAUGCUUGUAAAAAGCUAGAUGAUAAGAAGACAGAGUUUCAGAACAAGCUGCUACAAAAGAGCAAAGAGCUCGCUCAUCAGCUAAAAGACAAGGCAGAAGAUGAAGAGGAACUUGAAAACCACUUCAACUCUGUCUGGAGUGGCUGGGUCCAUGAACUAACUGCAGAUACAAAACCUAUUGAGGACAUCAACUAUGACAAAGAUCAGUCAACUAUUCUACAUGAGCUUGGUUUUGAAUGGUCUCUCAUACAUGAAUCCAAAAGCAGUGGUAGAUAUAAAAAAAUAUCAAGGGUUGGUGAUUACCUUCAUUAUGCAACCCUCACCAGAAACCGAGACCUGUGUAACACUGAUCAACAAUUGCAAGAAACUGAGAAAGAAAGGCAAACAACGGGAACACGUAUGUUACGUUCUACUGUAAACAGAGUCUUUGAAUUUGUUUCAGAAACUGUGACUAGAGCAGGAUUUUACUUGGGGUAUGUUCAGUAUGAAGAACAGCAACUGAUCAGAUUCUUCAUUAACGACAUCGAAAAAAAGUCCCUUAAUGCUAUUAAGAGCAAGCCUGUAGCUACAAGAGGCUACAGAUCAACUUACUUGCAAAAAGUGGCAAACAGCAUCAAAGAAAAUGUGACAGAAUUUGAAUCAAAGAGGACAUUUGCUCUGAAAAAGGAAUUUACAGUUGAUCUCUUACUGUACGUGUUUCACAGAGCAGGGAAGUGGCUUACAGAGUCCCACAAGAAAUUCCAAGGGAACAACGAUGCACUCGCCUAUGUAGAAAGCAAGAAAAUGCAAUAUUACAAAGUUUUCAGAAGCUUCUGCAAAGAAAACUCAUCUGCUGUUGUGCUCGGAGAACUGAUCUGUGAGAAACUGAAGAGUUCAACUGUUGAGGCCGUCUGUAACAAGACUGCCAUUGAUCUCGCUAGAGAGAUGAAGUGCAACAUCCCAGCAUUUAACGGGAACAGGCUGAACUUGGAGAAACAUUUGUUGAAGUCACUGGCAGAGAAAGAGGACUUUGAUAGUUUUAUCACCUACAUCCAUGACCCAAGAAACCAAGCAGAGUCUUUUAUAAGCAAGGAAGUACAGAAAUACAUCUUCACAGAAAACAAAGAUAAGGCAAUGAAUAUACUCAAGAAAAAUGUUGAAGACAUCAGAAAACAUGUUAGUCAGGCUUUAUUUGAUGCAACAAAGAAAGUUCAAAAUAAGGAAAAUGAUGAAGGUAAAAAAGCAGACACAGACAUCUGGGUUGAUGAAUUUUCUAGUUUGCUUAAAGAUGAACUAACAUUUGACACCAUCUGUUGUCAAAACUUCAGUGAUAUAACUGAUUUUAACUUUCUUAGAGAAGAGACAGAGAGAGGCCUUGUAUCCAUCAUUGAUGAGAUUAGCAGUCUCUCACUGGACAAAAUGGAGGAAUUCAGGAUGAAGCCUGAUGAAAUCCUCAUCGAUCAGCUGUGUAACUGCUGCUGGGUAAAGUGUCCAUUCUGUUCAGCUGUUUGUACUAACACACUGAAAGAUCACAGUCCUGACAAACACAACGUCCCUUUUCAUCGCCCCUCUGGGACUCAGGGAUUUCACACUAGAGGGACAGUGGACCUGGUCGUUGAUUUCUGCACAACAUUAGUUGCCAGUGAUGGAGGCUUCCACCCCAAUCAAUCAGAUGAGUCCUUUCCUUAUAAACAGUUUCAAAGUGCUGGGGGAGAGUUUGCUACAUGGGAGAUUACUCCUGAUGCAUCUAAGCUGACAUACUGGAAAUGGUUUGUAUGUCGAUUUCAAAAGCAACUGGAAGAGUACUAUCAAAAAAAAUUCCAAGACAGAGGAGAAAUUCCCAGUGAGUGGAGAAACCACAAUAAAGAAGAAGCUAUUGAAAGUCUGGAUGACAUGUACAAUCUGUGAGUGAUUCACAAACAAACAAACAAGCUCUCCUCAAAGCAACAAAGGCCAAAGUUUCUUCAUGUGACUGAAGUAGUGAAGAGAGAAAAAUACAUUAACAAUCAUGAGGAAAAAUCAUUUCCAGAUUGACUUUAAGGUGCCUGCUUUUAAUAUCAAUAUGUAACUUUUUGCAGAAUAACAUUGAGUUGAAAGGACUCAAGAAAAGUGCUGUUAAACAAGGAAAAUGCAAGGCAUGUAUAAUUAAAGUCAAGAUGUUUGUUAGCCAUUAAAUAUUGACUAUAAAAAUAUUCCAUUGCAUUUGAUGUGCAGAAAGAUGUAAUAUACUUGGCGCAACUAUGGGAAGAAGUCCACAUAAGGCUCCUCCAAAUCCAGGUUAUAGUGAGAGUGUCCAGGAGCUGAAGACCACCAUCCUCUCUAAAGCUUCACAGUCUGCUGAAAUCACUCUCUCACAGUUCAAAAGCAAAAUUCAUGACCUGUGGAAUGACCUGUUGAAUGAAAACUUUGUUUUCAGUGUCAAAAACACACUUGAAAUUGCAGUGUACAGAAAACUUGAGGUCCAGUAAGGCAUGGGCCUUCAGGAGCCAAAAGUUGACCAUUGAGAACCAGCAUAAUACCAGAAUUGAAAAUGGAAAACUUGACAAGUUCAUUAAAGAUUGACCAUAAAAAGUAUAAGAUGCCGUUUAACUAACAAUGCUUGUUUUUGUUUGUUCAUUUAUGUCAUUUUAUGUAAAUAUAAGGAAUAUAGAAGUUAUGUGUUGUUAGGCAUUAUAUUAUGAUUUCCCUAAAAACACUUAAUUACUUUUAUGUGAAAAUAUCAUCAGACAUGACGUGAAACUGUUCUAAGUUGUAUGCCCUCAAAGAAGUUGGGGGAAAAAUGGAAAUUUGACAUUUUUUUUGACAAGAGUAAUUUUUAUUUACCUAAAGAUGUGGUUGUUUUUCAAAAAAAUACAAGAUGGGAUAUUUGUGCUGUUACUGUUGUUUAAAGAGCAAAGAAAGGUCAAGAAUGUUAAGUUUAGACAUGCUGUCAGAUGUAUACAAUUUUUUGAACACGAAAUGGUACCUAUAAUUGGUUAUACAAUAACAAUAUAGACCUCACUGUAAAGCAUUAAACAGCAGAUUUGUUUUCUUUAGUUCUGUUAUACAAUUUAUCUUUUACACAAAUAUUGUAAUCUGAAUUAGAUAUUUUCUGUUAUUAUUAUUCUGUUCCAGUCAUCUGUUAUUUUUUAGUAAACACUUGAUCAAUGAUGCUUUAUCAAGUAGUUGGAGUCUUCAACAAAUUGACACCUCUUACAUUUCUUUUUUAUGCCUAUAUUGGAAUUAGUUCUGUUGUUUGCUUAAUCCAACUCCUGUGAUUGCUUUGAUAGUGUAUAUUAGAUUCAGAAUUACUCGCAGAAUUAUCAGCCAAUGUGAAAAAAAGUUGUUUUUUUACUGUAAUAAAUAUAUAAUUCACACAGA